AUGACACAAGGGCUGAUCUCCAUUGGCUUUGGUAGUUCUAUACUAUUCUCUUCAAAUGAAGCCCACGAUCAAGCAGAACCGGAUUCGAGCACGUUUCAACCCUUCAAAACUAUGAACAGCGUCUUAGUUCAGAGGCUGUCAGAGGCGUUGGAUUCGAUACCCGAAGAUUCAAACGCACUUGUCGGAGCGCUGACAAAGGCCUUAUGUUGUAAGCCACAUUUUCAUGGAGGAUUUUCGUCGCGAGUCCUUGGUCUGAAAUGUAGUAUAGACAUCAACCGACUAAUUCAUCCAUCAACUGCAAAUUCGACUGUAUCUAUAGCUCAACCGAAUGCGAUAACGCCUCGAAUACUCAUAAUUUCGGUAUCCCCGGAUUUAUCUGCAUCCUAUAUUCCCAUCAUGAACUCUAUUUUUUGUGCUCAAAAGCUAAAAGUCGUUCUCGAUGUCUGCAAAAUAUAUGGACCCGACACUGUAUUUUUACAGCAGGCCGCACACCUCACCGGUGGUUCCUAUAUAAAUGUUCGACAACGUGACGCAUUACUUCAGUAUCUAAUGGUUGGGUCUCUGCGUCUGAUGCCAGGCCAGUUGCUGAUCACCCACAUUAUAGACAAGUUUUCUCUCCCCUUCAGACGGGCUGUCUUUGGCUUCUUCAGCGCCGUCGUAUGCUGGG